CAGGGGGAGGGAGGAGCACGGAUGCGGGGCGAGACUUCGGCGGCAGAGGCCGGCGUGACGUUGCACCAGCCUGAGGCACACCGUGCAUUCUCCCGGGGAAGUUGUCCCUGGAUCCCGGAACCCUGGCAGUGGCGGGCUGCACAGGCUCCCCGGAAGGGAGGUGUGGAUAGUGACCUGUGCUCGCACACAGGCUUCCUGGUGGUGGCAGCAGCAGCCUUAGCGUCUCAUUCCCGUCGCUGCGGUCCGCGCUGUUAGCCGCGGCUCGCGCCUGUCUGUGGAGCUCCUUUAAGCAGCGCUCUGAAUCCCCUCUCCUCGCGCACCUGGAAACAAAGAGGGAAGAAAAAGUCUCUUGUCUCUUCGGCAGGUCCAGACUUUUUCCCGGACUCCCUCCCGGCCAGCCGUGGCGCACUAAGCCCUGCAGGCUGUGUUCGCGCCGCCAGUCCUCUCCCUGCGCUCCACUGGAAGCCCGAGCCUCAGCUCCCAGCCCCGCCCGCCCCGGCGGGUGAGCGGACAAGCCUCUCGGACUGGUUGCUUGCAGUGUUUGAAUGUUGAGAAGCUAUGAAGUCUUACACUCCGUAUUUCAUGCUCCUGUGGAGUGCUGUUGGGAUAGCGAAGGCCGCCAAAAUCAUCAUCGUGCCGCCAAUUAUGUUCGAAAGCCAUAUGUACAUUUUCAAGACACUAGCCUCUGCCUUGCACGAGAGUGGGCACCACACAGUGUUCCUCCUCUCUGAAGGUAGAGACAUCACGCCAUCUAAUCAUUACAGCCUCCAGCGCUACCCAGGGAUCUUUAACAGUACCACCUCGGAUGCUUUCCUGCAGUCCAAAAUGAGGAAUAUUUUCUCUGGGAGAUUGACAGCAAUCGAACUGUUUGACAUACUGGAUCACUAUACCAAGAACUGUGAUAUGAUGGUUGGCAACCGUGCCCUGAUUCAGGGUCUAAAAAAGGAAAAGUUUGACCUGCUGCUGGUGGACCCUAAUGACAUGUGUGGAUUUGUGAUAGCUCAUCUUUUAGGGGUUAAAUAUGCUGUAUUUUCAACUGGCCUUUGGUAUCCUGCCGAAGUGGGCGCUCCUGCCCCAUUAGCUUACGUCCCGGAGUUUAACUCACUCCUCACAGACCACAUGAACCUGCUGCAAAGGAUGAAAAACACCGGCGUUUACCUCAUUUCCAGAUUAGGGGUCAGCUUUCUGGUUCUUCCCAAAUAUGAGAGGAUAAUGCAGAAGUACAACCUGCUGCCGGAGAAGUCCAUGUAUGACUUGGUCCAUGGGUCCAGCCUGUGGAUGCUGUGUACAGAUGUAGCACUGGAGUUUCCGAGACCCACUCUGCCUAAUGUUGUUUAUGUAGGAGGGAUCCUCACCAAACCAGCCAGCCCACUACCAGAAGAUCUCCAAAGGUGGGUCAAUGGUGCUAAUCAACAUGGCUUUGUCCUGGUAUCUUUCGGAGCUGGUGUCAAGUAUCUGUCAGAAGACAUUGCUAACAAACUGGCAGGAGCUCUGGGGAGACUGCCCCAAAAAGUGAUUUGGAGGUUUUCUGGAACCAAACCAAAGAAUCUGGGAAACAACACCAAGCUCAUAGAAUGGUUACCACAAAAUGACCUGCUUGGGCAUUCAAAUAUUAAAGCCUUCCUGAGCCAUGGUGGUUUGAAUAGUAUUUUUGAAACUAUGUAUCAUGGUGUUCCUGUAGUGGGAAUCCCACUCUUUGGAGACCAUUAUGAUACUAUGACCCGGGUACAGGCAAAAGGUAUGGGGAUACUGCUAGAAUGGAAGACAGUUACUGAAGGAGAGCUGUAUGAAGCACUAGUGAAAGUUAUCAAUAAUCCCAGCUACCGUCAGAGGGCUCAGAAGCUUUCAGAAAUCCACAAGGAUCAACCUGGGCACCCUGUCAAUCGGACUGUCUAUUGGAUCGAUUACAUUCUGCGUCACAAUGGAGCCCAUCACCUACGUGCCGCUGUCCAUCAAAUCUCUUUCUGUCAGUAUUUUUUACUGGAUGUUGCCUUUGUGCUUUUGCUUGGUGCUGCCUUGUUUUACUUCCUCUUGUCCUGGGUCACAAAAUUUAUCUACAGUAAAAUCAAAAGUUUGUGGUCUAGAAAUAAGCAUAGCACAGUUAAUGGACAUUACCAUAAUGGAAUCCCCAAUGGCAAGUAUAAAAGAAAUGGCCACAUUAAACAUGAAAAGAAGGUGAAAUGAGCCAACAGCCCCACCUGAUAGUAACAAAUCUGUUCAGUCAUUGAAUUUUUAUUGCUAUAAUUUAGUCUAACAACUACUAAAAGGAAAACAUCAGUAAACAAUUCUAACACUCCCUUAUCUGAUCUUACUAAUGAAAUUCUGUGGAAUUAAGAUGGCUGUAAAAAGCACAGACCUAAAAUGCAAAAAUGUAUUUUAUGCGAAUACUGAUGCAGAGAGUUUUGGCACUGAACCUUUUAGAAGCCUUAAUUAUUUAAAUCAAUUAAGUGACCGUGUCAGACUUUAGUUUUAAGUCUUGAUAUAUGUGUGUCCCAGAUAAGGAAUGGUUUCUUUUCUCUUAAAAAAGAUUUGUUUGUAUAUGUAUGUGUGUGUGUAUGUUUCCUAAUUAAGAUUAUUUCAGCCAGCUGCUUGUUACAUUUGUUGACGGUACAACACAUUCAAGAAUGAAAUAGAAAGAGGGUUAGGAUCCAGACGUUUCUCUUCUAGAAUUUCAUAUAUGGGGGCUCAGAACACUACCAUGAAAGAACACUUUUCCCUCAAAACUGAAUGCAGAGGAAGAAAAUGAAAAGAUAGAUGACACCGGUUUUUGUACUUUUAGGGUUUUUUUGUUUAUUCAUUUUAGGUUUUUUGUUUUUAGUUUUACUUUUCUUACAGACUGUGGAUACUUCUGGGGGAAAAAACAUACAAGUAAGUAAAUGUAUAAAUUGGUUGUCACGUUUUACUUCUAUUUUCUCCCUACCAAUAAUUUGCCUCUGGGAGAAUUUUAUAGUUUUCUUCUAUUUCAUUUUAAUGAAUAACAGUAUGUUAAAUGUAUAAUUAAAACAAAGCAACAAAGCUCUGACUUUUGUUCAGAGUACUGAAGAUUACUGCUUCUAUGGCAUCUUUAAACAGGGUUGUUAUUUGAAUGUUUUGUAACUGUUUGAUGGCUUUUCUGUAAUGUAAUUUUUGAAUGUUCAGGUGUGGUAUUUCCAAAGUUUUAACUUUAACAAAACAACUCCUUCAUCCUAUUUUGUUGUCUGGGCCACACAGUCUGUUACAUAGGUGCCAACAUUUAAUUCUUUUCAUUGGAACAUUUGCUUUUCUCCAUAUUGGUACCUGCUUUGUCUGAGAGGUUUGAGAUCUGGUUACCAAGUCAAACUUUACAUGUUAUACAGAAGUGACAGAGAAAUUGUACUACUUGUUUGUGAAAAUGAGUUCCCACUCCCCUCCUCACUGCCUUCACCCUCACUUCAAUCCAUUGUGGCUGACAUGGGACAGGAAUAGUAUUCAUUUGAGGAUAGGGGUGCAAGUCACAGACAUCACAAAAUCAGGGCCUCCCAACUGAACCAUUCACUUGCUGGCAACUACGAGUCUAUUCCCUGUCAUUCUGUUUACUUAGCAUUUGCACUACACAUGUUGAGUGUAUGCUUUAUUUAUUUGUAGUUUGACAUCUUAUGUCUGACAGCUGACAGUAGAAAAAUACAGCAUCUACCUAAUGACGUUCGCUAACAUGGGAAGAGUUGUGAAAAUUCUAGAAUGCUUAAAUCCUUAUCAUACACUAUGACAUACAACUUCAUCACACUCCCACCAGGAGCCACUCUCCUGUACUUAGAAAUAAUGUCACAAGUAGUUUUCUAAUGUACAAUGCAGGCAAAUAUAUUGCUGUCUGAAUACUUGAAGAAAUGGUAUUACACAUAUAAGCCUAUUAGUUAUACCUUUUCACAAUCUUAUAAUAUUGCCGUUAAAAGGGAAAAAAGACACAGGCAAUGAAUGGUGGGAUGGCAACAGGACUUAGAGUGUAUGAAUGAGUUGAUUUUGCUUUUUUGGAAUUGGAUAAAGGUGACAGUAGGCAUUCACUGGAUGAUUAAGCAUAAAUUAAUCUCCACUGUGAUAAAAACUUAAACAAUAAACAUUAUUUAAAAAUAGAGAAAUGUUGUUGGAAUAAAAUUUUUAUUCAGAUUUUAUUUCACAAUAUUAUGUAAAUCCAUUAUAAACAUGUUUCUGAGACAGGUCUCCCAACCUUUAUAUGUGUAUAUGAGUGUGAAAACAGUGUUACAUGUGAGAAUUUUUUUAAAUUAUUAUUAAACAGAGGUAUUUACCUUACAAGUACAUCAACAUGGAUCUUAAAAUUGUCCCAUAAUUAAGAAUGUUAAGUGUAGGUAUUUACUGAUCAUUGUUGUUUUUUUUUUGUUUUUUUUUAGUAAGCUUAUUGUUAGACAGUUUUGGUAAAUAGAGUGAUUUUAAAUUUUCCACGCUUGGGCUAGAUUCUCUAAUAAAGUAAAGUUUUCAAGAAGGUA